AUGUUCGCCGUCCCAGGCUGGUCAGUCUCGAGCGCUGCUCUCAAGCAGCAGACCCAAUCGGCAAACCAAUCGCAACCGUCCAAAGAAACGCCCACCCCUAAUAAUGCAAAGAACAAGAAGCGCAAGCGCGGAAACGACAAUGUCACAUCCGGCAACGUGGACGAAAUGUAUCGCCGGCAUAUCGAGGGCGGCGUCGCAACACCCAAGGUUGCGAAAAACCGUGCGGGGGACUCCGUGAAGCCAGAGAAAAAGCAGAAGAAGGACCAGCAGACACCCCAGAAGCAAUCUGCACCCAAGCCGAAGAAGGAAAUAGCCACGGGUGCCAAUGCUGGUCCACUUGGGGAUGGGGAUAAGGCGGCAAAGAAAAAGCAGAGGAAGGACAAGAAGAACAAGAAGCAGGAAGACGGCGCCUCUACUACGGUUCCCGAUGAAGCGCCUGCGGCCGCUGCCGCCCCGGAGUCGCUCGCACCACCUCCUCCUACGUCGGCGACUCUUACACCACUCCAACAGGCGAUGCGCCAGAAGCUCAUCUCCUCUCGGUUCCGCCAUUUGAACGAGACCCUCUACACGACUCCCUCCGCCAAGGCCUUUGAGCUGUUCAGCGCCAACCCGGAACUAUUCGAUGAAUACCACGCAGGAUUUUCCCGACAGGUGAAGGAGUCUUGGCCCUCCAACCCGGUCGAUGGUUACAUCCAAGCCAUUCGUCGACGGGGCGGAGUCCCUGUCCCAAAGAGAGGCAAGCCUCAGAAUCUCAGCAAGGGAGCGCCGCUUCCUCGCCGACCAAAUGGGGCCUGCACUAUCAUCGACCUGGGCUGCGGCGAUGCCCAGCUUGCACGUGCCCUGAACCCGUCAGCUAAGAAGUUGAACAUCAAGCUCAACAGCUACGACCUGCAAGCCCCGAAUUCUCUGAUCACCAAAGCAGAUAUCUCGAAUCUGCCACUGGAAGACGGCUCAGUCGAUGUAGCCGUCUUCUGUCUGAGCUUGAUGGGCACGAACUGGGUUUCGUUCGUCGAGGAGGCAUGGCGCGUUCUGCGCGGUGACGGCAAGGGCGAGUGCUGGGUCAGCGAGGUCAAGAGCCGCUUCGGCAAAGUGACCCGCAAGAAGGCGCAGAUCGGAGCGCAGAAGCCGCAGAGCAAGACGGAAAAGAAGAAGCUCAAGAAGAAGAAGGGUGGUGAUGCGGACAAUGCGGACUCGGAUAUGGAUGAUGCCGAUAUCUACGCGGAGGAUGCGCGCCCAGCGGCCACGGAUGAUGAGACGGAUAUAUCGGCGUUUGUGGAAGUGUUCCGCACUCGCGGAUUCGUGCUUCGUCCGGAGUCGGUGGACAAGUCCAACAAGAUGUUUGUCCGGAUGGAGUUUGUGAAGCAGGGCGGUGCGCCAAGUAAGGGCAAGCACGCUUCUGCAGUGGCACCCCCGGUGGCGGGUGGGAAGAAGCGAUUCGUCGACAGGAAGGCGGACAGCGGCAUGUCGCCGGAGCAGGAGGCGCAGGUGCUCAAGCCGUGUGUGUACAAGAUCCGGUAG